ACCAUGCAGAUGGAGGCAAUUAUUGUGUUGAUCUGUGUCUGUCUGAUGGGUGUAGCCGGGAGAUCAGCCCAUCAGAGGGGUCACAAGCUGGAGACGUACAAACACAGCAGAUCAAGAAGAGAGACAUCAAGAAUGGAAGGCGGACACAAAUCUGGCAGUCCAAUCUUAAAAAGAAGCCCAGACAUGACAAAAUCUCCUGUGACGAAGUCAGAGCAACUGCUGAGACUAGAUGACCAUGACUUUACCAUGAGACCUGCAUUUGGAGGACCUCCUAUUCCGGUAGGGGUCGAUGUUCAAGUGGAGAGUCUUGACACCAUCUCGGAGGUUGAUAUGGACUUUACCAUGACUCUGUAUCUGAGGCAUUACUGGAAGGACGAGCGUCUGGCCUUUCCCAGCACCAACAACCAGAGUAUGACUUUUGACAGCAGACUGGUGAAGAAGAUCUGGGUGCCGGACAUGUUCUUUGUCCACUCUAAGCGGUCCUUCAUCCAUGACACCACCACGGACAACGUCAUGCUGCGGGUGUAUCCUGACGGAAAUGUUCUCUACAGUUUACGAGUUACAGUAACUGCCAUGUGUAACAUGGACCUGAGUCGAUUCCCAUUGGACACACAGACGUGUUCGCUGGAGAUAGAAAGCUAUGCAUACACCGAUGAUGACCUGAUGCUGUACUGGAAGAAAGGGAAUGAGUCUCUCAACACUGAUGACAGAAUCUCUCUAUCACAGUUUCUUAUCCAGAAGUUUCACACCACUACAAAACUGGCCUUUUACAGUAGUACAGGGUGGUACAAUCGCCUGUACAUCCACUUCACUCUGAGACGGCACAUCUUUUUCUUCCUGCUGCAAACCUAUUUCCCAGCCACUCUAAUGGUCAUGCUGUCCUGGGUGUCUUUCUGGAUUGAUCGUAGGGCUGUCCCUGCUAGAGUCCCUCUGGGUAUCACUACAGUUCUGACAAUGUCCACUAUCAUCACUGGAGUCAACGCCUCAAUGCCAAGAGUGUCCUACAUUAAGGCAGUGGACAUUUACCUCUGGGUCAGUUUUGUGUUCGUCUUUCUCUCUGUGAUAGAGUAUGCAGCCGUCAACUACCUGAGCACCGUGCAAGAGCGGAGAGAGAGGAAGCUCAGGGAUCGACUGCCCUGUACAUGUGGUAUAGCAAACCCUGAUGAAGAUCUGAUGAUGACCGCAGGCUACAGCGAUGUAGACACAAACAACACGGGGCAUUAUGGGAUGCCUGAAAAUGGCGGGAGGCAGGAGAGGAUCUUGGCUCAGCUGACGCUGGCGGACAAUGCAACCACAGGCACGGUGAAGAUAGGUUCAAGAAGCUACAUCAAUAUUUGGAUUGAUACCCAUGCCAUAGACAAGUACUCUAGGGUGAUCUUCCCUGGUGCCUACACCCUUUUCAACAUAAUCUACUGGUCUAUCUACUCGUAA